ACUUAUCAAUUUCAGAAUUGUACGUAUAGGCAAACUUCAUCUUUUUAUAUUGAACAAUAGAACCAUACAUAUUCUCAAGUUCGACCUGACCUCUCAACUUCAACUAUACUUCAUUCACUCUCUAGAUAAAUAAACAAUGAAAUACAAGAAUGGGAUUAAGUGAACUACUAAGUAUAAAAUGUUUGUCUUAUUACGAUUAUAAUUCGAGUAUUCGAUAACAACUUACAAUAGUAAUCUAACGAGAAUAUAAAAAUUGUAAUAUUGGCAAUUGUUUCUAUUGAUAAAAGAUUUGCACUCCCAUGUUUACCAGUAAGGAGAAGUUAAUAAAACGCACCGGAAAAAAUCCUGUCGGUCGUUACGAUUUUUUGAAGCUUUUAGCUACAGAAUUCAAGACUACUAAGUCUAGAGAAGCAAAGGAACAGGUACUGGCGAACCUCGCUAAUUUUGCGUAUGAUCCCAUAAAUUAUGAUUACAUAAGACAGCUUAAAAUAAUUGACUUGUUUCUUUACACUCUGUCAGAUAAUAAUAUAAAGCUAGUACGCUUCGCAGCUGGAGGUAUUUGUAAUGCAUGCGUCGAUCCGAUUAAUAAAUUAUACAUAUUGCGAAAUCAAGGGAUUCCGUUGUUAACAAGCUUACUUUUGUCACACGAUGAAGAUAUCAUACUUUCAGCAAUUACUAGCUUAAUAUAUCUAAUUACACCUGAAUCUAAGGAUGAAGUAACAACGGAUUUAAUUAAGAAAAUAUCUGAUUUGUCAAAUCAUGAAAAUUCGAAUAUUUUGAAAACUGUCAACGCUGCUAAUGAGAUAUCAGUUUUCAAAACAAUUACGAGAGACGAUGUAUUGAAUUUCGCUAAGUUAACUGGCGACUACAACCCGAUACAUACUGAAUCUUCAAACAAUCUUGUUCACGGUGCUCUGCUCAAUGGUUUGGUCUCAGGUGUACUUGGUACGAAGGUACCAGGUCCGGGGACCAUAGUAGUUGAACAAAAUUUGAAGUUUCCAGCACCAUGUUAUGCUGGGGACACGAUAGAAAUAAAAGUGCAAAUUGUUUCCGAGAGGAAGAUCAUGAAAUUUGUUUGCCUUUCGUCUGCAUUAGCAGAUAGUCAAAUGAAAGUGGAAGCUAUAAAUAGCACCGUUAAAAUUUCGAUUACUGAGCCUCCAGUCGGUUGCGCCUGUGGGAUUUUUUUAAGUGGACAGUUUAAGAAGGGCAGCAAAGAAGCGCCUAAAGGCAAUCCCGCUCUUAUUAAUGAUCUGCCUGACGAACUUCCGUGCACCCCAGCCGGAAACAGACUUUGUAUAAACAAAUGUUUGGAACCUAUUAUUAAACAUUUACCAAACAGUCCUAAAAUAAUAUGUAGCUCAAUAGAACAUGAUUGUCAUAAACAAAGGGCUUACUUAUUUAUUAAAAACUGUAAAAGCGGGUGGAUUAACACGAAUCUUUCUGCUGGAAGGGAAUACUGUUGUAAAAACGGUACACCAUACAAAUGUCCAGCUUAUUAAAAAUGACGUCCAUCGUUAUUUGUAAUUUUAUACUUUUUUAACGUAAUAAACGAGCCGUUGCCUCUGUCA